AUGGGGCUGUUAUGCUGCGCGGCUAAGUGUUGUGGCUGCAUUAUGCUUUCAAACCUCUGUGCAUUACUAUUGCCACUAGGUAUUCUACUAGCGCUCAUUCUGUUCUUUUACACGUAUGCAAUUCCGUGGGGUGAGGAUCAGAUCCGUCAACAGCUUGAUCUCGCAUCCAAUGUCGAUAUUGGCGACCUUAAUCCUAGCUACAUUCAAGUCAAUAGCUGUUCUGGAUGCGUCUUUGGAAGCAAUACGCAGUGGCCAACCGACUCGACGGGAACACGACAUUUUCUGGACACUAGCGCUGGAAGUGCAGCCUCAACCGUCAUUGCUACGUCUUUGGUUGGUGCGGCAAUAAUUGGUACAGGUUCGAUGCUUUGGGCUUCUGCGAUGCCCAGUGCUGCAGCAGCAUCGAGCUUUUCAGGAGGAUUCUACGAAAUGAUGCACAUUGUCGAACAAGCUCAAUUUGUAAGCAUGAUCAGUCAGCUACGAAUCAAAGGCGCACCGACUUUUCUGUUGGAGUUUUCAAAGGAACUGUCAUGGACAAACUUUAAUUUGAUCAAGGGUGAUUUGAGCAGUACGAGAAGCGGAGAAGAUGGCAAUGGCAAUCGUCGACUUGAAGAUUCUAGUGCUACAGGUGUUUUUGCGGCAGCUGAAGAGUCUGGACCGGCAAGAUAUGCCGCUUUAAUCGGUGUUGAUGCUGACAACCUCUUCUUCUACACACUCGUGACGUUUCUUGUGGUCAUUGCGGCGCUGAAUGCACUUUUCCUUGUGUUUGUUCUGAUCAUGAAUGCUGUAGCCAAGAACGAGUCAUUCAGUGAUAUGGCGCGCAAGUGGUAUCGCAAGGUCAUUUGGGCUGGUGUGCUGGCUCUACUGCUGGCGCAGUACAUGUUCGCAAUGGCUGGUAGCUACUUCAUUUCGGUAGGACUGUCAGGUGACGCAGCAAAAAUCUUCAGCUCUCGCUACAUGCUGGGCAUUGUCGCCCUUGCAGCCGUUAUAGUCAUUGCCCUUGGACUUGGUGUCAUUGUUAUCAGUAACAACACCGACGAGCUGAAGGAUAUUGGCACUUACGAGCACGACCAGCGGGCGUUUAGCAACAAAUACAGCGCCUACUACGAUGAGUACAAUUUCGACAAUCGCUUCUUCUUCAUUCAUCGUAUAUUGCUAGCGGUGACAACCGGUGCUAUUGUUGGAGUUAUUCGGGAUGCCACGACACAGCUAUUGUGUAUUCUGGUUAUCACAAUGCUUUACUUGAUCUUGAUGUUCAUCCGAAAGCCAAACUUACUGCGCUUUCUGUUUUAUAUCGGCAUCGCGUCUAUCUUUAUGAAGGUUGUGCUGAUUUGCCUUAUGUUCAUCGUGGCACGGGACGACUACUUCCCACAGACUGUGCGUGAUGACGUGUCUUACGGUAUCAUUGGUGUAAAUAUGUUCAUGUUCUUCUUGCUGUUUGUGCGCCAAGCCUACACGAUUACUCACAAGAUGGUCGUUGCCUGUCGUCACAACGGCAAAAAUUCAAGUCUGAAUUCUACGGACAUUAACCUCGAGUUCGGCAACAACACGUCCACUAAUGACCGCACUUACGAAGGAGUGGAGACGACACCAACAGGACGUGGUUUGGAUUGGUGUGAAAAUAAUAAGCCAUACCAGCAGCAGCACCAUAAUCAGCUGCAACAGCAACUAUACGAACCGCAUACAAGCAACAUGUCUGGCUACAGUACCGCGAGCUCGCGUGGUGGUCACUCGGACAACGUACCCAUGUUAGAACCAGCGCCAGAGCCUGUGCCGGUCUUUACUCGCUCGAGAAGCAAGAUUCGUCCACCAGCUUCCCACAACCAACAGUACUCAUUCGACGGGUCGUCGCGAAGCGCGAGCGCUUUUGAAAGGAUAAACGCUGCGUCAGCUAUCGCUCCUGAGCCUAUUCAGGAUGUACCAAUUCCAACUUACGAUGUGCUAGCAGCCUAUCUUGGCACGAGUGAGUCAAAUGAUGAGGCUGCGCUAAAUUCUUCGAGAAGAAAAUCAUCUAGAGGCCAGCUUUCAUCAAGAGGACAGACCUCAUCUCGCGGACAGACUUCGUCGAGGGGUUUGACAUCAUUCAGAGGACCACAAUCGUCGAGAGGACAGUCUUCAAGAGGAAAAGCUGCAAAUUCAAUGGGGAUGUCGGGAUCUGGCAUUGACAUACGUCCAUCAACUGUACCUCUCGACAAUUACGCUAGCAGUUUUUCCAGCUCUGGAGUCCGUAAUUCAUCUUCGCGAAGAAGACGCAACUUUAACACGGAUGGUUUGCAGAACGACGUGGAUAUCGAUGACGUCGAUAUAAAUGCAGAGAGAGGCAUUACUGGGUUGCUUGCGUAUUCAUCGACUAAGCAUCAAGCUGCUCCUGCUGCAUCGACUGUGGGUCAGAGGUUUAACCCCGCAUCUUCAACGGGCAGCUCAGUUGUGAUGAUGGACCAAUCUUAUGUGAAUUUUUCCGACUCCAUGAUUUCGUCUGCCAGUAGCCAGCAGGAUAUGACGCCAAAAUCUGUGAAUCCAAACAACACGUUUUCAGCCUCUAUAGGUGUGGGUGCUCUCCAUACAAGCAAAAAUGGUGGUGGUGGUGGUGGUGGUGUGGCGAACAUGGAUGAAGAAGGGAGUGAACCGAGUGAGAUUGAAGGUCAAAGUUAUGAGCUUGGGCCUUUUGGAGUCACUGCCUCAGCUUUCAACCAGCGCGAUUCCGUUGAUUCAUACGGUUAUCAAACACGAGCGAACUUUGCAUCAUCUCGUGUGGAUUUCAAUGGUGAAAAUCGAGUGGGAAGAGAUGAUGGUAGAUAUUAUCGAUACAAUCGUCGGACUUCCGGUUCCUCAAACCAGUCGUCAAAUCCGUCCACGAACCAGUCUUUUUUAAGUGCUCACUCGGAUGAUAGUAUGGGAGGAUAUUACGACAUUGACAAAAGUCGAGAGGAUGACAAUAACACCAUGACGCUUUAA